AUGAGUUUUGAAGAAUUUCGUCGUACAGGUGAAUUUUCUGAUAUUACAGUUAUCGUAAAUAAAACUGAAUUUAAACUUCAUACAUUUCCAUUAAUUGCAAAAAGUGAAUAUUUUAAAAAAACUGUUUCAUCAACAACUGCACCCUAUGUUAUUGAAUUUGAUAAUAAAUUUCCUGGUGGUGCCGAUAUAUUUAAUCUCGUAGCAGAUUAUUGUUAUUCAAUUCCAAUAUCUAUUGAUCAAAAAAAUAUUGUUCCACUUCGUUCAGCAGCAUGUUUUAUUGAAUGUGAUACAUUAAGUACAUUGAUUGAUAAACGUUUUGAUGAAAUACUUCUUAUUGCACAUGCAAAAUAUGAUUUAAAUAUUCCAUUACAAUUACUUGAACAAUGUGCAGGCGAAUAUGAGCCAUGGGCUAAACAAACACAUAUUGUUGAUAAAUGUCUACAAUGUAUAAUUGAAUCAUUAGGUCGUGGUAUUGGUUUACAAUUGAGUAAAUCAGAACGAGAUAUUGUUGCUCGUCUACGACUAGAAUGGAUUAUUGAAUUAAUUAAAUUAUGUCCAAAAGAAAAUAAACUUGCUAUUCUUCCUUUUGUUAAACAUUAUGUAACAACACGUGUACUUCAACAAAAUCAAGUACAACAAAAUAUGUCUACUCCAUCAUCAUCAGGAGAGAAUCAAGAUGAACAUCAUAGUGCAUUUACACCUGUUAUAAAAAAAAGAAGAUACAACAGUAAUAUUAUUGAAGAAUUACCACUUAUUUGGCUUAAUUCAGUUUAUGAAAAAGCUGUAGAAUUAAAAUGUGAAUGUGAACCAAUAUUAGCAUCAUGUAUUACUCAAGCUCUUCUCAAUUCAACUAGACAUAAUGAUACGCUUGAAAAUAUUCCUGAUGAUGUUAUGACAAAAUUAUUAGAACGAGUACAUAAACAUAAAGAAGAUCAUGUUAAAGAUCCUAAAACACUUGCAAAAUUAUCAACAUUACUUGAUUCAUAUGUUGGACAAUUACGUCAACGUGGUGCAUUAACAAGUGAACAAUUUGUUAAAUUAGCAUCAUGUAUACCAAAAGAAAAACGUAAUUCACAUGAUAGUCUUUUACUUGCACUUGAUGAAAUUCUUAAAGAUGAAAAAUCAACACAAUUAAGUAAUACUGAACGAGAAGAAUUACUUAGUCAAAUUGAUUUUUCACGUGUUACUGAAGAAACAAUUACAGCAUGUAAAAGUAAUAAACUUAUACCACAACAAUUAAUAACUGAUGCAGCAUUGGCUUUAUGUGUUAAAUUAAGAAAACAAUUAGAAGAUACUGAACAUCGUUUACAUUCAAUUGAAUUUGAAUUAGGCAAAUCUCGACCAACACAUAGCAGCAGUUCUAAAUAUCGAACACCUCAAUUAAAUUCAUCAUUUCGUCUUCCACCACGAUCUCGUAGUACCUAUACACAUACUUAUGAUAUACCACGAAAUAAUUCAAUUUAUAAUUAUACAAAAUAUAAUCAUGAUAGUGAUUUAGAUUAUAUUGUUCCUUCAAGAUAUCUUUCAUCAGCAUCAAGCAGUAGAUAUGGUUCUUAUUCUUCUGCUUAUCAUUAUUAA